AUGAGUGGAAGAUGCAGCCAAAUAAUAAAAAUCGAACGUAUUCAAAAUGAAAGAUGGUAUAUUCAAUAUUCUGCUCACAAAAAAGAUUUCAGACAAAGACUAGGAACUGAUACUGAGAAGUGUUUAUACCACGGUUGUCCUGAUGAUGCAGCAAAUUCUAUUAUUGACAGUUGCUUCGAUAGAAAUUAUGCUGGUCAACACGGAACUUUAUAUGGGUAUGGUGUUUACUUUUCGUCAAAUGCGGCCUACAGUCAUGAUUAUACUAGUACGAAUACAAGAGGUGAGCGAUGCAUGUUUGUUGUACGCGUCUUGAUAGGUAAAGCGACACCCGGUAAUGGAAAAAUGAAAACUCGUCCUGUUGGAUAUGAUUCAACGACUGGCGAAAAUCAUAUUUUUGUUGUAUAUCAUGAUGCACAAGCUUAUGCUGAGUAUUUAAUUACUUAUAAAUAA